GUGUGUAUGUGUGUAUGUCUUUAAGCCCCGCCCCUUCGCCUGUGUCUCGUGCUUCUUCUUGAGGCUGCGGCAGUGAACUCUUGAGUCUUCCAGGAGGUGGAGGUGCUUGUUGUUGCCGCUGCUGCGAGUCAGCCUUGGCGCGCGCCGGGGCCACGAUGUUCGAGAGCCUGCGCGAGCGCCUCCUGAGCGUCCAGCAGGAUUUGACCUCGGGGUUGAAGACUUUGGGUGACAAAUCAAGAGAAGCCAAAAUAAGUAAACAGAGAACUGUACAGUGUUUGCCAGAGUUUUCUGCUGGAUUGGUUCUGCUAAGCAGGUAUGAAGAUAAUUGGGCAUCUCUUCACAGAGGAGCAAAAGAAUGUGCAAAAGCUGGAGAGUUGGUGGACAGCGAAGUUGUGAUGCUCUCUGCUCAUUGGGAGAAAAAGAGAAGCAGUCUCUUAGACCUCCAGGAACAGCUCCAGCAAAUUCCAGUCUUCUUAGCAGAUUUGGAAUCCACAACAGCUAGCCUAAUCCAGUUGGAAGCAAACUUUAAGGAAAUGGAAGAUCAUUUACUAUAUCUUGAGAAGCUCUGUGGACAGUAUGAGUUGGAAAGAUAUAAACAUAUGCAAGUGCUACAGUUGGAAAAAUACAAAAAGACAAAACGGAAAGAACUUGAAGUUUUCAAAGGUGAACUUGAUGCAGAACAUGCUCAAAAGGUUCUGGAUAUGGAGCAAACUCAACAAAUGAAGUUGAAAGAGCGGCAGAAAUUCUUUGAAGAAGCUUUUCAGCAGGACAUGGAACAGUACCUCUCAACAGGCUAUCUGCAAAUAGCUGAAAGACGAGAGCCAAUAGGAAGCAUGUCUUCUAUGGAAGUGAAUGUUGACAUGUUGGAACAAAUGGAUCUCGUGGAUAUGUCUGACCAAGAAGCCUUAGAUGUAUUUCUCAAUUCAGGAGGAGAGGACAGCGCUAUGCAAUCUCCAAUGUUAGGGUCAGACUCCAGCAACUGUCAAAAUGAAAUCAGCCUGAAAGUUCCCCCUCGGUCAGAGUUGAAGGCGAAUUUCUCUUCUUUGCCAUCCACCUGGACUGAUUCUGCCGCCCAAGAUACCAGCGAAGGAGAGUCGCCUGUGAUCCAGUCAGAUGAGGAAGAUGUGCAAGUGGACACUGCUCUCGUUGCUGUAAAUACAGAAAUCAAAGGUGCUUCUGACAAUAGUGAUGAGAGUGAUUCGCAAGUGAAUUGAGUGUUAUGACAGUGCUCUAUUAAAAAUUAGGACCCUGGAAUGUA